UUCCCUUCUGGUGGUUAAGCUCUUGUGUUCCAACCCCUUUCUCUCUCUUUCUUUCUCUCUCUCUCACAUCUCCACUGAACUCAAUGGCCAUAACCUUCUCGGAUCUACACACUGAGGCUGGUCUCAAGUCUCUGGACGAAUUCCUCUCUGGAAAAGCCUACAUCUCUGGGGAUCAUCUGACGAAGGAUGAUGUAAAGGUUUACGCCGCGGUUCUGGAGAAGCCCGGAAGUCACUUCCCCAAUGCAAGCAAGUGGUACAGCUGUGUUUCUUCGCAUCUCGCCAAAAGCUUCCCCGGAAAAGCUGUUGGGGUGAGUUUAGGCUGCCAAGCUGCUCCUGUUGAAGCUGCUCCCAAGGAAGUGAAGGAGGCUGCUCCUGCUGGAGAUGAUGACGAUGACCUUGAUCUCUUUGGUGAUGAGACAGAGGAGGAGAAGAAGGCAGCAGAAGAGAGGGAGGCAUCUGUUAAGGCAUCCUCAAAGAAGAAAGAGAGUGGAAAAUCGUCUGUUCUUUUGGAUGUGAAACCUUGGGAUGAUGAGACAGACAUGAAGAAGCUGGAAGAGGCUGUUCGCAGUGUUGAGAUGCCAGGCCUCUUGUGGGGAGCAUCAAAAUUGGCUCCAGUUGGUUAUGGGAUAAAGAAAUUGCAGAUCAUGAUGACCAUUGUGGAUGACCUUGUCUCUGUGGAUUCCGUUAUAGAAGAGCAUCUCACGGCUGAACCCAUAAGCGAGUAUGUUCAGAGUUGUGACAUUGUUGCCUUCAACAAAAUCUAAACCUGAAACCUGACCUUCUUUAUCAGACUUCUAGAUUUAGGCAUUUUCAUUCUCAUAAUUUAGUAAAUGACACUAAUGGUAAGAUGUUUUCUUUUCUUGCCCAUGUUUUUGGUUGUGGUUUUUGCUCUUUACAGCCUAAUAUUGGUGAGAGAUGAAGGGCUACACUCUCUCUUUAUUGAGGGGUUAAGGCUCAUUCAUUGAAACCUUUGUAGGAAAAAUGAGGUUGAGGGAACAUAUUCAUAUAUAUUUGGUUUUUUUAUGGCAAUGGUAAAUUCUCAAAUUCUAUUGGCUUCACCCC